AUGAGCACGGCCGGCUCCGUGCGAGAGCUCAGACCCACUGGGGGCAAAUCCCGGCUGCAGCCGGCUCCCAGGGCGGCACCCCAAGGCUACGGGGCCGCCUUUUCCCCUACUUUUUACAACAUGAGAAGAAACAGAGUGAGGUUCCUCUUCCGUGAGCCCGCGGCUCCUCACAACACUGGCCUGAACGUGCUCUUCCUCCCACAGCCCACCGAGACAGAGCGCUGCAUUGAGUCCCUGCUGGCCGUCUUCCAGCGGUACGCGGGACGGGAAGGGGACAACCUGACGCUCUCCAAGAGGGAGUUCCUGGCCUUCAUGAACACCGAGCUGGCCGCCUUCACAAAGAACCAGAAGGACCCAGCAGUCCUGGACAGGAUGAUGAAGAAACUCGAUUUGAAUAGCGACGGGCAGCUAGACUUCCCUGAGUUCCUGAACCUCAUCGGGGGCAUUGCGGUGGCCUGUCACGACAGCCUGGUUAAGACCCCUUGCCCCUAG